AUGAGUGAUUCAGAGGCAAAGGCAAAUCAAGCAGUUUCUCCCAAAGAAAAGGAUGGAGCAGAGAAAAGAGGAAGGGGAAGACCAAGAAAACAUCCAAAGGACUCAGAUGGAACCCCUACUCCAAAGCGACCAAGAGGCAGACCGAAAGGCAGCAAGAACAAAGGCCCUACCAAAAGCAAAGUAACGUCAGCAGAGGCGAAGCGUAAAGGGAGAGCUAAAAAAGAGGAGAAGGAGGAGGCGACUCAGGAGUCCUCUGAGGAGGAGGAGGAGGAGGAUGAGCAGUAG